UGCCAAUCCAAUUGGACCUGCUGCACGGCGCGAAUUUCGAUUGCGCUGCCCAUUUAAAUUUAUUUAAACAAAAAACGAAUUGUAUUCGUUGUUAACAACACACCGGUGUAAUUGUGAAUGUGACAGCUAAUCGGUCGGGGAUCGUGAGUGAAAUUAAGUCGAUAACUCUCUGCAGCCGGCAGUCAUUCCAGUUGCGCAGUAGGAAAAGCAGAAGAACUAACUUAACUGCAAAAACAAACAAACGCAGGCACUAUGGCAAACAUGCGGCCACCGCAGAAGUCCAAGUUGCUGAAGGUCGUCAUACUGGGCGACGGGGGGGUGGGCAAGUCCGCCCUGCUCACCCGCUUCGUCUCCAACCGCUACGAGGAGAACAACUUCCACACCAUCGGCGUGGAGUUCAUGAACAAGGACAUAGUCGUCGACGGGGAGCGCUACACUCUGCAGAUAUGGGACACCGCUGGCCAGGAGCGAUUCCGGGCGCUCCGCACUCCGUUCUACAGGGGAUCGGACAUCUGCCUGCUCUGCUACGCACUCGACGAUCGGGACAGCUUGAAGGGAUUGGGUCUGUGGCGCAGCGAGUUCCUGAACUACGCGGAUGUGGACCAGGACAAGUUUCCAUUCAUCGUGGUGGGCAAUAAGAACGACAUUCCGGCGCAAAAGCGACAGGUUAACUCCGACGCAGUGCAGCAGUGGUGCGCGGAGCAGAAGGUGACCUGCCACAUCGAGACGUCCUCGAAAGCGGCCACCAAUGUGACGGAUGCCUUCGUCCUUGGCCUCCGCCAGUGGCGGCACAUGGAGUGCGUGGCGGAGGCGGAGCUGCGCCAGCACGGCGACACCAUCGACCUCACCCGCCCCAUUCGCCUGGUGCAGCGGCGCAUCUGUUGCACGGGCGGAGGCGGCGGAGGCGGCGGAGGCGGAGGACAGGACGCGGAUGGCGAUGAUGCCGCCAUGCAAAGCCCGGGCAAGAAAGUGUUCGGUCAGAAGCGCAUCGCCAACAAGGCGCCAUCCACCAAUUAUCGGCUAUGAGCAGACAGACAGGAGCUGUCAGGGAACUUACGCUUAAUUUAACCACUCACCCCGCCGGGUCGACCUUCAGAUUCAAUGCAUUCCAUUACGCGGAGGGAAGAGAGCCUCAGACCAAAAAGUACCACCCAAUGUUGAUGGCAGUAGAGGAGAUUUCGUCGUUGUGGUUGAUAUUCUAGGGGAACUAUGCUUCACAGCGAGCUACUUAAAAGCGAGCUUCACUGUAUACAGGAAAACUUAUUCUCUAAGUUCAGAAUAUGACCUACAUUUUCCUGAAGGAAUCUGCUGUUCACUUGCAUUGCUUUAAUACUAGAAAAUUGGAUUCAAAUGCAGUAAUACGUCUUACUUAAAUAUUAUUUUGUUAUGUUAUGCUACCGUAGGAAAUACUCUUACUUGUUAAACAAUCGUAUAUGGCGCUACCAUAACCAAGUGUCUUGAGAAACGCAAGCUUUCGAUGUCUAAUACACAACUUUUAAGGCAAUCAGAAUGUUUACAUUUUUGUUAAUGUACUAGCUACCUUUUUCUCUGAUAUAUUGCAUAAGUUCGGAGUGCCUUAGUGUUUUUAUCUGAUAUUAAAGCUGGGAACAACUGAAUAAAUUAGAAUGCAGCACGUCUUUA